UCUGUGUCGGCCAAUCAGAACAGAGACAACUACAUCCGGUCGUGUAAGCUCCUCCCCGACGGGCGGACCCUGAUCGUGGGAGGCGAGGCCAGCACGCUGUCAAUCUGGGACCUGGCCACGCCCACCCCGCGCAUCAAGGCGGAGCUGACGUCCUCGGCCCCCGCCUGCUACGCCCUGGCCAUCAGCCCCGACAACAAGGUCUGCUUCUCCUGCUGCAGCGACGGCAACAUCGUGGUGUGGGACCUGCACAACCAGACGCUCGUCAGGCAGUUCCAGGGCCACACGGACGGGGCCAGCUGCAUCGACAUCUCCAACGACGGGACCAAGCUGUGGACGGGGGGGCUGGACAACACGGUGCGCUGCUGGGACCUGAGAGAGGGGCGGCAGCUGCAGCAGCACGACUUCACCUCCCAGAUCUUCUCUCUGGGGUACUGUCCCACAGGGGAAUGGCUGGCCGUGGGGAUGGAGAGCAGCAACGUGGAGGUGCUGCACGUCUCCAAACCCGACAAGUACCAGCUGCACCUCCACGAGAGCUGCGUGCUCUCCCUCAAGUUCGCCUACUGCGGUAAAUGGUUUGUGAGCACAGGGAAGGACAACCUUCUGAACGCCUGGCGGACGCCGUACGGGUCCAGCAUAUUCCAGUCGAAGGAGUCGUCCUCGGUGCUCAGCUGCGACAUCUCCCCCGACGACCAGUUCAUCGUCACGGGCUCGGGAGACAAGAAGGCCACCGUGUACGAGGUCAUCUACUGAGGACGCACCGAUUGGACGACGCCGGGCCUUGGGGCCACGCCCCCUGCCGUGUGCCAGUGACUGGAGUUCGGCGGGACGGCGGAGGGGGCGGAGAAUGUGACACCAGGGUUUUUUUUUUUUUUUUGGGUUUUUUUUUUGUUACUCUAGUGCAGGGUGGAUGCGAUGGCCAGACUGGAUUCGUGGAGUUUUGACCUCAUUACUGCUCAGAGAAUGCAGGCAGUCUGACUAAAGACAAUUGGGAUUCCUCCAAAGACAUCAACUUAAAAAAAAAUAAAUAAAUAAAAAAAACAAUAAAAAAUAAAAAAAACUGUAAAAAUGAAAGAAGGAAAUUUUAAGAAAACCCCCCGUAGUUAAAAGUUAGCAAAGGAAGAAAAGGAGGAAGCUUAUUUUUCAGCUUUUGGUUUCUUCACAGGAAAAGAGACUGGUCCCUGUGUCAGGUGAUUUUGGGGGGCGGGGUAGGGGGGCCGGCUUGGGGGUGGAAGGGAAUGAGAUGGUGUCCCGGUUCAGGAUGGGUUCUCUUUCUGCACGAACCCCGUCUGUACAGUAAGGUUUUACGCAGGUCGGAGGGCGAUGUUCAGGAGGCUUUUCACGGACGCGGUUCAGCCACCAGUGUGUUAAUGUGACUCCCCGGAUUAAUGACUGAACACAGUCAGCGCGAAACAACUCAAAGACCAGUGAGCAGCCUGCAGUUCCAAUGAAGCCACCUAUCCAAAUCAUUGUUGUACUUAUUUUCUUUUUUCUUUUUUUUUUAAAGAGUAUACGGACUGACUCGGGUCAUUUCAAAAACCAAAUGCUGCCUGGAAUUCAGGCUCACCUACAGUCGGACUGUGAGCUUCAUACCUCCUCCGCUACCUUUGUGUCAGUAGCGUAUAGUCAGAUCAUUUCUUCCUUCUUUCCCGACGCCAUCCCUUUCACCAGGCCCCUCCUGUACAUUCAGGAUAAUCUCUCUCACUUCCUGUUCGCUCGACAGACAGGCCGCUGUGCUGACAUCACUUCCUGCUGCGUAGUGGAUCCCCGUUAUGGAGACGAUCGCCUCGGGUGUUUUUCUGAAGCGCCCCUGGGGAUGUUGUUUUUUGGAGCUCUGCGCAGGAAGCGUUCGUCUCCCGGGAGACGGGAGGGGCUGGUCUCGGGGGAUGAAAACGCUCUUGUCGUUUUUGUCGGCUUUGUCGCUGCGACGUGUUGCGCAGUUCAGAGUGAAAAGAAGAAGCAGAAUAAGAAGAAGAAGAAGAAGAAAAACCUCCUCAGGCUUCAGUUCAGACGUUCCCGCUAACAAAAUUUUCAUGACCUCAUGCAGAGAUGACGGCCCAACAUUUCAGUGCGUGGGGAUCACCAGGGCCCCACUGGUUUAUCAAGAUGCUCACGUUGGCGCCCCUUGUUAUGUUUUCUACAGAUGGCCGGGCAGUGUUUUCCUCCUUGUUUUAAAAAAGAAAAAAAGAAAGAAAGAAAAUGGGGGGAAAAAAAGUCCUAUAUUUAAAAAAAAAAAAGAAAAAAGAAA